AUGCCAGUUUCACCUGAUUUAGACUUUGAUUCACAAAGGGCUCACAUCAUCCAAGAAAUCGAAAAGACAUAUAAUAUUCAAGACAUUGAUGUCAUUGUAUAUUUGCCAGGUGCUAUUCCUUAUCUCCGUGGAACAAUUAAUGAUUUCUUUUCCAUUUACACUGCUGCAAAGAAGGUUUUGUAUAUCACUGUUGUAAGUAAAUCAGUUUCCACAUUCAGAGGUCUUUCAUUGCCAUCAUAUUACCAUUCAGUCAAAGCAAAUAUUUGUGCAAUUACAAAUGAUCAACAGAAAUUCUGUAUCUCUCCAUUAAACAACCUUCCAGAAGACACAGUUGUCUUAGGAUCAGCUUUAAUGGGCUUGUUAUGUGUCACAGAUUACAGAAUUCUCCAAAAGAUCAUUGGAUGGUUUGAGAACAACACAAAAUAUGCUCCAUGCAUCAUUGCUCUUCAUGACAUCCAGAAGAAAGCUUUGAUAAGGUAUCACCACAUUAUUACCAUCACAACAACUCUUUUUGCUAUUGUUAAGAAUAUUUACAACACGACUUCGAUUAACUAUAGCCAAAUCUUAGAUUUCUUCAAAUAUGUUGAUCACCAUUCACAAAGUUCUCCUUCAAGAGUUACAAUGAACAUCGCCCCAUUCUUGAACACAUCAACAGGACGCUAUUUCUUCCUGAAUUUCAGCGAUUAUGAAAGCAUCUCCACAUAUAAUUCAGAUUUCUCAAGAUGCUUUGCCACAACAAUCAAAAGAUCAUUACCUGAAGUCAAAGAUUUGAAUUCCUCUCAGAGCCAAAUAUUCAAAGAAUUCAAGAUUAUUGAAGCAAUCUCAAAUCCUAAUCCGAUGAUCAUCAGGGGAAACAACACAUUCUUACUUUCCCUUGGAACAUGCUACAAACAACAAGACAGUAAAAGCAUUGUUUCCCAGAAACAAAUCCAAUACAUUGAUCCAAAAGAAGGAGAAAUAAAGGUGGAAGUUAUUGACACAAUGGCUGAAGCUCUAAGAUCUAAAGGUGUUGUAAUCGACACUCCAAGUGAAACACAACAAAUCAACAUUAUCUGCAUUGAUACAUCAGGAUCAAUGGGCGGUACAAGCCUUGAAAUUGCAAAACAAUGCUUCAAAAUCAUUGUUAACAGAGCUUAUGAAGUCGGCCCAUUAUCACUCUGGUUUGUACAUUUUUGA